AUGUAUUACUUGUCAUUAAUGGAUGAUACUAACAUUACAUAUUUAACCCUUGGUGGACAUGUGGCUUUACAGCAUUACAGAUAUGUUUAUUUUUUUAUUACUCUUACAGUGUAUAUAUCAAUCAUUAUGUUUAAUGCUGUUAUAAUUUUUGUAAUAUUCAUGAACAAACAUCUUCAUGAGCCCAUGUAUAUUUUCAUAGCUGCGUUGCUUUGUAAUGCUCUCUCUGGAGCAACAGCUCUUUAUCCUAAACUGCUUAUUGACUUGCUGUCUGAAAAACAAAUUGCUUCUUAUUCUGGGUGUUUAUUUCAGGCUUUUUAUGUUUAUUGGUACGCUUCUUCAGAGUUCGCCUUGUUAUCAGCUAUGGCCUAUGACAGAUAUGUGUCCAUCUGCAAACCACUGCAUUAUACAACUCUCGUAAAAAUAAGUAAUGUCAGAAGGCUCUUAUGUUUAUCAUGGCUUUUGCCUUGUUGUGAAAUUGGUAUAGCGGCGUUACUUACAUGCCAACUUCAGUUAUGUAAAUUUAAAUUGAACAGAAUAUAUUGUGAUGGGUACUCCAUUAUCAAAUUAAGUUGUAGGGAAACAUUUGUAAACAACUUAUAUGGACUUUUUAUGUUUUGCACCAUUGUUUUUCCACCGGUGAUCUUUAUAUUUUACUCAUACAUCAGGAUACUCUCUGUGUGUUUAAACAAUUCUAAAGAUUUCAGAAGAAAGGCUCUACAGACCUGUUUACCACACCUUUUAAUUUUCAUAAUUUUUUCUGUUAAUACAUGUUUUGAAAUUAUAAACUCCAGAGUAGACUCUAACCAGAUUCCACACAUUAUUGUCAUGAUCCUGUCAGUUGAAUAUUUAUUAAUUCCUCCUAUAUUCAAUCCCAUAAUAUAUGGAUUAAAACUGAAGGAGAUUUUAAAAAGCAUUAAGAAACUUAUUAUUUAA